AUGGGCAUCUUCUGGUUCUUGUCACCUUCAUUUACCAGGGCCGUCUUCACCAGGUUCUUCUUCAAUUUUCCCACUUCGUGCUUCUGGUAUUUCGGCAAUUGGAACUCCCCCUCAAAACACGUAUACACAUGCACGGUCCAGCCCAUCCUCGCCCUCGAUAUCGGCCCCUUCUUCGUCUUCUCCAAACUGUUCUCGCCGUUCUCGGCCCAAUCUGGUUCUUGUUACUCACACUGCCAGAGAUGGGCAACCUUUGCUGGGACAUCAAUCUUCCGGAGUUGCCGGGGGAAUUGUCAAUCAGGUCGCGCUCUCCCCUCGGUCUUCGACUCCUACUGUUUCUUUUCACAAACAUUUUAUGGACCAAGAUGA